GCUGAUUGCGAGCGGCGCCGCCGCGGAUUACACACUGCGAAGACCCGAUGCGAACUGCUCCACGUACUGGAGAAAAGCGUGGAUUUUGAGGUUAAGUCCCGCGACUUGAGCCGCGACACAUGAAUUAUCGAUCAUAUUACAUCCUUCGCGUUUAAGCGCGGCCGAAACAAUACACCGCGAUCGCGACCGAUUGCGGCCGAUUGGGCGUAUCCAGAUGUAAUGACAAUGGUGGCGAACGUGCCGGCGUGCUGUAAUAGGUUAAGUUCUCACCGGAGUGCCCGUGACGUUGCGCCGUCGACAGUGAACGAUAACCGGGAACAGCGCUGACUCGACGCGACGAAGAUGAGCCGGCUGUGGAACUACCUGGUGUUCCAGGCGUGGAUGUCCUACCUGAUGGCGGCCGGCCUGCUGGUCUUCACGAGCGGCUUCCUCCUGAAUCGCGUUUCCCGGCCGGAACGAGCCGAGUGCGCGCGGUGCACCGGCGAUUGCGACGCGACGGUCGUUCUCCAGGACACGGAACGCGCGGCCAAGAUGUGCCUGGAGCGCCGGGCGCGGGUCGUUUUGCUGAUUGUCGACGCGUUGAAGUACGAGUUCGCGGAAUGGCACGAGGACGACGGGUCCACCUCCUACCAUCGCAACAAAUUGCCCGUAAUCCACGAACUCCUGCAGAAACAUCCGUCGCACUCUCGUUUGUACAAAUUCAUUGCCGAUCCACCUACCACGACCAUGCAGCGCCUGAAAGGUCUCACAACGGGCUCCUUGCCGACCUUCAUCGAGGUGGGUUCGAACUUCGCCUCGGAAUACAUCCAGGAAGACAAUCUCGUUGACCAAAAUACCGCAGGAGGUAUCGUUUUUAUGGGCGACGACACGUGGACCAAUUUAUUCCCGGAGAAAUUUAUGAGGCAAUUCCCGUCGCCGUCGUUCAACGUCUGGGAUCUGGACAGCGUGGACAAGGACGUCCAGUAUCGUAUCUUCUUCGAGCUGAAGAAGAGAGACUGGUCGUUGCUGAUAGCGCAUACCCUCGGGGUCGAUCACUGCGGGCACAAGCAUGGCACGCAGCAUCCAGAGAUGGCGAGAAAAUUAAACGACACUAAUACACUUAUAAAAGAGAUCGUGGCGUCACUCGAGAAGGACAUGAUGCUUUUCGUCGUCGGGGAUCACGGUAUGACCGAAACGGGGGAUCACGGCGGUGACAGCGCCAACGAGAUUGAGGCUGCGAUGUUUGUUUAUUCGACGACUCCACUGUUGAAAGGAUUCGCGAUUAAUGACGACAAUAGCGUGAAUCAAAUCGAUCUCGUUCCCACUCUGUCGUCGAUCCUCGGCACACCAAUCCCCUUUUCUAAUUUAGGGUCUAUAAUACUUGACUGUUUACCGAGUAAAGUAGACGAGGUGGCUGCUGGUCAGUUGCUUUACCCGUUACACUCUCUAUGGAGGAAUAUUGCGCAAACGAAAAAGUACAUAGAGAUAUAUUCGGCAGACACGUAUUUGUUUUCGAAGGAGCAGCUGCAGCAUUUACAUUACGUAUACAGUCUCCUCUCCGAACGAGUCAAACAUGUCGACAGUUUCGAAAAGCUGGAAGCGUUUAUUCGGGAUACCAAAGGUUAUUUUAAAUUAUUGAAGGAUACGUGUACGGAGGUGUGGGUCCAAUUUGAUUCCGGUCUAAUUUCCAAAGGUUUACUUUUGAUGUUUUGUUCGUUAUUUUUCUUUUAUCUCUUCGUCACUGGUAUACCUGAGAAUCGUAUGUGUGAUAUAUUUAAAUCUUCAUUCUUACAGUGUGCCAUCAUAGCCAAUUUAGUUACCGCGGCGAUUACUAUGUGCCUGUAUUUGUUAAAUAUUUUAGAGGAAUUGAGGAACACCACUCUCUUCGUCACUGGUGCGGUUUCUAUUGGUCUGCUGGUUAUAGUGAUCGCUCAGAAUUGGGACGUUAUAUCGAUGUGUUGGUAUGAUCACCGUCGAAUCAAACUGUUGACUUAUGUAGCUAGGAUAAUACUUCUUCUAACGGUAUGUGGACUCUUCUCCAACAGUUACAUAGUUGAGGAGGACAAAGUCUUGUCUUUCCUGUUUGUUACGCUCGUUUGUUUGCUCAUGUUCGAUCUGAGGAAAAAUGAUGCCGAUAGUACUUCGGAGAGGAAAACUAGAUUUGCUUCAAAACCAACAAAAUCAAAUUUCAGGACGAUUGUGCUGAUUAUCGGUUUACUAGCGUGCGCCUCGGUUAGGCUGUCGCAUUAUUUUUGGCGCUGUAGAGAGGAGCAUCUACAACGAGAAUGUUCUAUAUUUGCAACUGGUAAGGUUGGCUGGUCCACAAUGCCAAACAACUGGGAGCGUGCUCUACUCGCCGUUUUACUCGCCUCGAUCAUCCUGGCGUCAUAUGUGGUCAUAGUUCGAUUAUGGCUGCAAAGCUGUGGAAAUCUCACAGGCUUCGCCCCCAGCGUCAUGGUAGGGCAAUAUUGUCCUGUUAUCGUGAGCGUUUGUAUGGGGUGCUAUUGGAUUUUGCAAAAGCUUCCGAAGUUCGUUAAACCGAAGCUCGCUCUAUCCUGGGAGAUCAACACACUACCUAAUGUGGUCUACUUCUUCUGCGUCCUCGCGAUUCUCGUCCUCUACUAUCGUCCGCUUAGUAUAUAUUUGCUGCCAAAGAAGAAGGACUCCAUCGACGUCUACCGCGAUGAGAACAUAGUGCCUCAAUUAUUCGAAAAGAUAAAAGACUCCAUUUCCCGUAAACGAAUAGAUACCGACGAGCUUCCGGUCAUUUAUGGUUUCGGGACUGCCUACAGCGCUGCAUUUAUCUCAUUAAGUGUAUUCCUCACGCUUUUGUACGCAUUACUGUUGGGAGAUACUCUAUCGCCUGGUACAUUCUUGAUGUUUAUAACGUACGUUUGCAUAUUGGGUUUAUCCGCGAUAGAGAGAUACAAAAAUGCUAACAACAUUUCUGAACUAGUUGACGUAUCCAUGCCUGUGUUACUUUGCUGGUUCUUAUUGGCUGAAUAUUUCUUUUAUGGAACUGGCCAUCAGGCGACGUUUCCUACCAUUCACUGGCAUGCUGCCUUUGUAGGAACUGGUGGCCAUUUUUAUGGAAAUUUAGUGUCAGCAAUUUUAAUAGGUAUUAAUACGUUUGGAUCACAUAUUAUACUGGGCGCAACAUUACCACUUUUAGUAGUUGUACCAUUUACAUUGCAUCGAGUUUUUCCAAAGUUUCUCAAAGCAAAAUUUCUCGAUGAUAUAAAGAGAGGUGAGCUUCUCUUGUUUGAACAAGAUUCUGCUUUUCAUGCUGCGAUUUUUGCGAUUGCGGGAAAAUAUACGUUGCUUCAUGGAAUUCGGACUUUCGGCAGCAUGCUUGCAGCAACUAUACAUUGUCGGCAUUUAAUGGUUUGGAAAAUAUUCGCGCCAAAACUAAUAUUCGAGGGAUUAGGAUUCCUGGUAACAUUGGGUAGUAUAUUAGCAUCGUUUUAUAUGGUAUUCCGUAUUGAUCAACAAAUGGAAUAUCUUAUUACUAGAGUCACAAAAGACAGAUGAUAGUGACUCACUUUUAAGGGAGUAUAGUACAAUCAAUAGCAAAGUACCAAAGUACUGUGAGAAUACUUCGCUUUUGCGAAUAAAUCCGAAAGUGGCUCGUUACUUAUGAAUAUAGAUUGUAUUUCUAGCAAUUCAAACUAUCAAGAUAUAAAACGAGCAACGUUUAUAUUUACCACAAUACUGCCAAUAUUUCCACAAUUUUGUAUGAAAGUGUAACAAGGGUAAAACGAAAUCUGGUAUAUAUCUAUCGAAUAUUACAAAUAACAUUUUUCGUACCGAAGUAAAGAAACUUAUCUCUCCACUUCUUCGAGUUGAUAUUAAUGUUAGAUAAUAAUGUAUACCUCAUAUAGAACGCAUAUGUCGCGUAAGCAAACUGUGAUGCUUCCUAACACACUAACGCUACCCUGCGUGCAAUGCAUUGCUGAUUGACGAACAAAGCAACGCACUUGAUGCAGGAUUGCGUCCGUGUGUCGCGGUCUGUCUGCGCGACUGAUGGGCACAUCUCUGCGUAUUACUGCUAUUAUUAGAAUAUGAUUACAUAGAUAAUAGGCUAGACAUACUGUUAGAAAGAGCAUUUAUCUUUCAUAUCCUUCGGUACAUAUACAUAGAAAAAAUACUGUGUAUUGUGGUUAAUGAAAAACGAACGAUACAAUAAAUCCGGCAUUUUUCAUUCUUUUGUAUAUCAUAUUUCGAAUAGUAUAGUAAAUAAUUUUAAAUGAUUCUGUAACUGUCGUUCUGUAAUUAUCGUUUCUCUGUUAUCUUCUUCUGCCAAUAUAUUUUAUUGGAAAUAAUCAA